AUGGCUUCCCUCCUAGCUGCUGCGCGGUCCGCCCGCACUGUCGCCUUCAACGCCGUGGCCAAACGCCAGCUGUCCGACAUAUCUAUUACUAGGACGGGCAAGCCCAUCAUUCGUGUUGAGGGCGGCCGGUCAUCUCUCGGAGGCCACACGGUAACAGUAUUCGGCGCGACGGGCCAGUUAGGCCGGUACAUCGUCAAUCGGUUGGCUCGUCAGGGAUGCACCGUGGUUGUUCCGUUCCGCGAGGAGAUGGCCAAGCGUCACCUGAAAGUUACUGGAGACCUCGGUCGCGUCGUCUUCGUGGAAUUCGAUCUACGCAAUACCCCUUCCAUCGAGGCAAGCGUUCGGCACUCAGACGCCGUCUACAACUUGAUUGGACGAGAGUACCCUACCAAGAACUUUUCUCUCGAGGAAGUGCAUGUUGAGGGAACAGAGCGGGUCGUCGAGGCUGUCGCAAAGUACGACGUCGACCGAUAUAUACACGUCUCUUCACACAGUGCCAAUCCCGAUUCCAAAUCCGAGUUCUACGCCACCAAGGGCCGAGGCGAGCAAGUUGCUCGACGCAUCUACCCCGAAACAACUCUGGUCCGGCCGGCGCCAAUGUUUGGAUUCGAGGAUAAUCUGCUGCUUAAACUAGCAUCCGUACUGAAUCUGUUUACGGCAAACAACAUGCAGGAAAAAUUUUGGCCCGUACACUCCAUUGACGUGGGUGCGGCUCUGGAGAAGAUGCUAUACGAUGAGUCCACCGUGGGCCAGACAUUUGAGCUAUACGGGCCCAAGGAGUAUAGCAUGGCGCAGAUCGCUGCCAUGGUAGACAAGGAGAUCUUCAAGAAGCGACGGCAUCUGAAUGUGCCCAAGACGCUUCUCAAGCCAAUAGCCGGGCUCCUCAAUCGCGUGCUGUGGUGGCACACGCUGUCCGCGGAUGAGGUUGAGCGGGAGUUUAUGGACCAGGUCAUUGAUCGGGACGCCAAGACGCUCAAGGACUUGGGCAUUGAGCCUGGUGAUAUCGCUCAGUUUACCUACCACUACUUGCAAGGAUUCCGCAGCUCAAACUACUACGACCUACCGCCGGCAACGGAGAAGGAAAAGAGGGAGGACAAGAAGUAUAUCCAUGUGCUGGACGAGCUGUAG